UUAAAAUGGAGGGGUUAAUUCCAUAUUUGAUUCAUGCUAUCAAGAAACACCAUAAGCCUCAACAUCAGAUGUAUCGAUUGAUGUCCUUAGGAUCAAGCCGUAGCUACCAACCAUUAAUGAUGGAACAAGAAGGUUCUUCUCACCGUAGAACAAGAUCAGAGUACAAGCCACCUGUGACAAUGGAUAUGGUUGAUAACACUUCAUCAGGUUUUGAUCAAGAUUCUGCGAAUCAAUAUUCUUCUUCUCAGAAUAUAGCAACAAAGACUCAGCUUGCAGAUAGACGUUGAGCUUCUGUAAGAAAACUAAAAAAAAAAAUGUAUAAAUGUGAUCAUUCUAUGUAAUAAGUUUCCAUACAAG